UGCGCAUGCGCCCCGAGCGUCUGGAGCUGGUCUAUUAUGCUGCUUGGCUCCGGAUAAAAAGAAGAUCCAGUGGAGGGGCCGGACGGCCAACGUUACGGGAGCUGCCUGGCGGGGGAGAAUAUCGAGAAAAAGGACCUAGAGAUUGAUGUUCCAGGGGAAGCCGAACCCGGAGCUGCCGAGUAGUUUCUCUAGACUCCUGCCUUUCUGAUUUCUACCAGUGUCGGGAAUGACAUCACAGACCAAGAUGGCUGCCUCCUGACUCCUGAUUGAAACAGUUCUAUGAUUGGUCCUCCUGAAAUGGGAUGUCGUUCCCAUUUGGGGGCCAUAAAGGAAAAGAUUCUGCUGCUGAACUGCCGCAAACAAAAGUGAUCUAGCGACAGGCAAAGAUGUCUGUAGUGACCACAGCGGCGCAGGCUCCGCAGGGGCCGGUCAAUCUUCCUCCUCCCGAAGUCACAAAUUCUAACAAGCCUGGGCGGAAAACAAACCAACUCCAAUACAUGCAGAAUGUGGUGGUGAAAACACUUUGGAAGCAUCAGUUUGCAUGGCCGUUUUACCAACCUGUGGACUGUAUUAAACUAAAUCUUCCCGACUAUCACAAAAUAAUUAAGAAUCCAAUGGAUAUGGGAACAAUAAAGAAAAGGCUUGAAAAUAAUUAUUAUUGGAGCGCCAAUGAGUGUAUGCAGGACUUCAAUACUAUGUUUACAAACUGUUACAUUUAUAACAAGUCCACAGAUGACAUUGUUUUAAUGGCACAAGCCUUGGAGAAGAUUUUUUUACAGAAGGUAGCCCAGAUGCCCCAAGAGGAAGUAGAAUUGUUACCCCCAGUGCCAAAAGGCAAAGAGAAAAAAUCUGCACCCACAACACCACAGACCCCAGUCCCAGAGCCAGAACUGCCUGUGGAGAAGCCGCCCUCUCCAAAGGCCGCAGUAGUUGAGCGCACUUCCAGUAGACGAGCAGAACCUGCCAUGGAACGCAGGAGGGAACGAUACAAAGGUACAACGCAGGCCCCAGUCGUCUCCACAGUGAGCCCUACAGUGCAGCUUACCAACAUUGCCCCUCUGAUCUCUCAGACGCCAGUCAUUGCUGCCACUCCUGUGCCAACCAUAACUGCAAACGUGGCCCAACCUUUAGCCGCUGCACCCCCAACUCCUCCACCUGCUCCUGUUCAAGUUACCCCUGUUGUCCCUCCAGCACCCACCGUUGUCAAGAAAAAAGGAGGAGUAAAGCGGAAAGCAGACACCACAACGCCCACGACCUCUGCCAUCACUGCUAGUCGCAGCGAAUCUCCUGUACCCGUCUCGGAGCCCAAGCAAGCUAAGAUCUCAAACAGGAGAGAGAGCGGCGCGCGACCCAUAAAGCCACCAAAGAAGGACUUGGAAGAAGGCGAGGUGCCGCAGCACGCAGGCAAAAAGGGCAAACUGAACGAACACCUGAAGUACUGUGAUAGUAUUCUGAAAGAGAUGCUGUCAAAGAAACAUGCUGCAUACGCCUGGCCCUUUUACAAACCUGUGGACGCAGAGGCCUUGGAACUGCAUGACUAUCAUGAUAUAAUCAAGCAUCCCAUGGAUCUCAGUACUGUUAAAAAAAAAAUGGACAUCCGAGAAUACCAGGACGCACAGGCAUUUGCAGCCGAUAUACGGUUAAUGUUCUCAAACUGUUACAAAUACAAUCCUCCUGACCAUGAAGUGGUUGCCAUGGCCAGAAAGCUUCAGGAUGUCUUUGAAAUGAGAUUUGCAAAGAUGCCCGAUGAACCAAUAGACGCCCCCGCUCCACCGCCUACCGCCGCCCCUGUAGUCAGCAAAAGUACAGAGAGCAGCCACACCACCGAGGAGAGUUCCUCUGAUUCCGAUACGUCGGAUUCUGAAGAAGAAAGAGCCACGCGUCUGGCUGAACUGCAGGAGCAGGUGAGAGACGACACUGAGUUAAAAGCGGUGCACGAGCAGUUGGCCGCACUGUCACAGGCUCCGGUGAACAAACCAAAGAAGAAGAAAGAGCGGAAGGAGAAGGAGAAGAAAAAGGAAAAAGAAAAGGACAAGGAGAAGGAGAAGGAAAAGGAAAAAGAGAAGCACAAGGUGAAGAAUGAGGAGGAGAAAAAGAUCAAACCUGCUCAGCCGGCAAAGCCAGUCCCGCCCAAGAAAGCUCCUGCGAAGAAGGCAAACAGCACGACCACCACCACAUCCACCAACACCACCACCACAGCUACCACCGCCACCUCCAACAGCAAGCCACCUAAAAAGGGAGGGAAGCAACCGCCCACCGCCCCUUAUGAUUCUGAAGAGGAAGAGGAGGGAUUACCCAUGACCUACGACGAGAAACGUCAGCUCAGCCUAGACAUUAACCGGCUCCCAGGAGAAAAACUGGGCCGAGUAGUUCACAUAAUACAAUCCAGGGAACCAUCCCUAAGAGACUCCAAUCCCGAUGAGAUUGAAAUUGAUUUUGAGACCCUAAAGCCUACCACUCUGCGAGAACUGGAGCGAUACGUCAAAUCGUGUUUACAAAAAAAGCAGAGAAAACCAUUUUCUCCUGGCAGCUGGUCCAGCUACCCAUCUGCGGUGUCACCACACUCCGCUGUGCGAGGCCAUAGUGAUGUCACGCACCCCUCCCCAUUAUCCUCAAGGAGGCACGUGAUCUCACGGAGGCCAAACACCUGGCGGAGCGAGGUGACAUCACCAAAAACAUCGGGGAAGAAGCAAGCUGUAAAGUCCAAGGAGGAGUUAGCUCAGGAAAAGAAAAAGGAGCUGGAGAAGAGGCUCCAGGACGUGAGCGGUCAAUUAAAUAACAAGAAACCUACAAAAAAAGAAAAAUCCAGUGCGUCUGGAGGUCCAUCCCGACUCAGCAGUAGCAGCUCGUCCUCAGAAUCCGGCAGCAGCAGUUCGAGCGGCUCCAGUUCAGACAGCAGCGAUUCAGAGUAAAUUUUGGUUUCCAUCAAUAUGGACUUUAUGCACACAAGACCAUACAUCUAUACAAUGUUUCCAUCAGAGGCCCAUAAAAACAGUUCACUUUUUCGUGUGCCGUUUUAAAAACAAAAAAAACACAAAAACUUAAAGACAAGAUUCAUUCUAUUCCUCUAUCCACUCUGGUUUUUUUUUUUUUUUU